AUGUUGUCGACCCAUGGAUACACCGGACGUUUUAUCAAGGACCACUGCGUGUAUGGUCAAGCUUCCAUAGUGCUGUCUGAUAACAUGGCGGCAUUGUCUAAGUGGAGUUCUAAUCCUAGUGAUACUUUUGGGAGGAAGACCAAGAUCAUAUGCACUAUGGGACCAUCAUGUUGGGAUGUUGAUACCUUGGUAAAGAUGAUCGAUCAGGGUAUGAACGUGGCGAGACUCAAUUUUUCUCAUGGUGAUUUUGAAACCCACGGUGCUACGGUCCAGCGUAUUCGAGAGGCAUUGAAGCAGCGUCCUGGGAAGCAUGUUGCGGUCCUUCUGGAUACUAAAGGGCCUGAAAUUAGAAGUGGUUUUUUCAAAGAGUCUGGUGGCAAGGUUAAGCUAGUGGCUGGUAAUGAGCUUAUCCUUACUACUGACUAUGGUUACAAAGGCGAUUCUGAUAUGAUCGCAUGCAGUUAUA